AUGCACCGCCUUGGUGGCCUCCUCUUGAGAAGCCAGAAUAUUGGUCUAAAGGCCUUGAUGACUGGUAGCGCUGAGUGCGAGGAGGAAGCAGUCCGGAACGAACGGCUAGUGGAAAACCAGCGACUAUCUGAUGCAAUGCGAAGGAGUUGGGAGAGUGGAGAUUUUUGGAUCAUGUACGCUGCGAGAGAUAAUUUCGCCUUCGAUGCGAUAUAUUGGCAAGGGAUCGACCGGCGGUUCUUUGGGCCAACAGCAUAUGAGGAUGACGAUGUUUGCGACGUUUGGAAGGAAAGACUUCAUCUCUUAGAGCCCGAGGAGCAUGAGUUUAUGGAGAAACAUGAGGAUUUGAAGCUCAUGGAGAUGGAAGCAAGCAACAUUCUAGCGUGGGACCCCGAUGAGCACCCCCUGGAAUAUAUAAGAUAUAUGGCGAAGAUGAGUGAGCGAUCUCGAUCGUAG